AUGCUCAUUAAUGGUGUUGAUAUUAAGUGCGAAAUUGAUUGCGGAUCCCCAUAUUCAAUCAUAUCAAUGCUAGAGUUUCAACAGAAAUUUCCUAAAUUAGUAAUUUCACCCUCCUCUGUUCAACUUUAUGGUGUUGAUAACUAUGGCUUGAAUACAGUCGGCCAAGUGAUGGUGAAAGUUCGAUACAAGGGUAAUGAUUUUAAUUUACGUUUAAUUAUAGUUAAGUUCUCUAAACCUGCCACAAUGCUCUUGGGAAGAGAAUGGUUAAACAUCCUUGAACCACAGUUAAAAGAUACUAUUCUCAAUGACACACCUCCUAAUGAAGUUAAACAAAUCAGCAAUUCUAAUUUUGUAGAAAUAUAUCGUCAUAAGUUUCCCUGGGUUUUCAAUGCAGAUAAGUCUGAAGCAAUACAAGGCUUUCAGGCUAGACUGGUUCUUAUGCCUAACGCUACCCCUAUAUUUCAUAAAUAUUAUGAGUUACCCUACAGUCUCUGCGAAAAAGUCGAAGCUAAGCUGGCUGAAAUGGUGAAAAACAAAAGAUUAGAACCAGUAAACCAUUCGAACUGGGCAUCACCAAUUUGGCCUAUUGUCAAAAAGAAUAACGAAAUUAGGAUUGUAACAGACUUCCGGAGAACGAUUAACCCUCAGCUUCAAAUGGAUCACUAUCCUUUACCUAAACUUGAAGACAUUUGGGCCACCCUUUCAAAUUGUUCCUAUUUUACCAAAAUAGAUUUAACUGAAGCUUAUCUUCAGCUAAGAGUUGCUCCGGAGAGUCAAGAGCUUUUAACCGUUAACACUCCCUGGGGUUUAUUUCGAUUUAAUCGCUUGCAAUAUGGCGUUAAGGUGGGACCGCCGGUUUUCCAAAGCGUUAUGGACACUCUUUUGGCUCGCAUGAAACGCGUAGCUAAAUUCUUGGAUGACAUUGUCGUAGGGGGAGAAAAUUAUGAUGAAUGUUUAAAAAUUACGCUGGAAGUUUUGGACCGUUUAAAUGUGCAUCACGUUCAAGUUGGCCUUCCAAAGUGUCUUUGGUUAGUUACUGAAAUAGAGUUAUUAGGUUAUAGAAUAAAUAAAACAGGAAUUCACCCCACUGAUGAGAAAAUUGAAGCAAUAAUUCAUGCCAAAGUACCUACUAAUGUUUCUGAACUAAGAUCUUAUUUAGGUCUUGUUAACUUUUAUGCUAGGUUCUUGCCAAAUUUAAGUACUCAUCUUAGGCCACUUAAUCAACUGUUAACAAAAAACCAAAAAUUUGAGUGGACAACUGAAUGUCAAUCCGCUUUAGAUUUCAUUAAGGCUAAAUUGUGUGAUAAACCUGUAUUAGAAAUUUAUGAUCCUCAAAAACCUAUGGUAGUCUGCUCUGAUGCGUCACCAUUUGGUGUCGGUUCAGUCUUGUGUCACGUUGUCAAUAAUCUAGAAAAACCUGUCAUGUACGCUUCAGCCUCCCUGUCACCCGCACAAAAACGCUACUCACAACUUGAUCGAGAAGCACUAGGCGUAGUUUAUAGUGUUAAGAAGUUUCACAAAUAUCUGUAUGGAAAACAUUUUACAUUAGUCACCGAUAAUCACCCGUUGAAAACUUUAUUGUGUAAAGGAAUACCUGUCAUUGCGUCCCCUAGAAUUCAAAGAUGGUCAGUCACACUAAGUGCAUAUAAUUUCACAGUAGAACAUAGAAAGGCAACCUUAUUAGCCGCCCCUGAUGCUCUUUCUAGAUUGCCACUGGAACAAGAGCAAGUAAAAGUCAUCAAUUCUUACAUUGAAAUCAUGCCUGAUUUACCUGUUACAAGCUCUGUUGUAGCCACAGCAACUCAGGAAGAUCCCCUUCUAAGCCAAGUGCAUAAUUUUGUGUUGAUUGGUUGGCCUAACUCUAUUGAAGAUAAAAAUCUUGUACCAUUCUUCAAAAUUAAGGAAUUUUUGUCCUUAGAGGAAGAAGUCAUUUUGUUUGGUGAUCGCGCUGUCAUCCCCAGUAAAUUACAGAAAAUCGUUUUAAAUUUACUUCACAAAUCGCAUCCAGGAAUAGUUAGGAUGAAGUUAUUGGCAAGGCAAAAUGUUUGGUGGCCAAGCCUAAACUCAGAUAUAGAAAGCAUUAGUAAAUCUUGUGAAGCAUGCCAAUCACUAAAUUUUAAACCUUUGUCUUGUGAAUCUGUGUCCUGGCCCGUCACAAGUUCUCCUUGGGAGAGAGUCCAUGUGGAUCAUUUUUAUUUCGAUAAUAAUACAUUCUUUCUCUUAGUUGAUACUUAUUCAAAUUGGUUAGAUGUCUGCCAAGUUAAGUCUACUUCUGCUGAAAGUGUUAUAGCUAAGUUAAGUUCACACAUUUGUACCUUUGGGCUUCUCAAAGAAAUAGUAAGUGAUAAUGGCCCGCCGUUUGAUUCGGCAGAAUUUUUAGACUUCUGUACAGCCAACAAUAUUUUGGUGUCGAAAUCGCCACCGUAUCAUCCGAAAAGCAAUGGUACUGCAGAGAGAGCAGUACGUACCAUCAAAAGUGCUUUAAAGAAAG